UGGAAGGGGCGGGACCUGGUGGCCGGUCACGUGAGGCGGGAUGAUGCGUUGCCGCGAACGACGGGAGGAAGGAGCAAAGGUCUGCUCCGCUAUAGGAUCUUUGGGAAGGAGGAGGCGGCCGAGGCCCCGCUCAACGCCGGUCGGGAGCUCAGGGUUUAGGAGCCAUUGCUGUGGACGGAGAGAAGGGGACGUAAGCGGCCAUUGAGGGUGGGCGGUGAGCCUCCCCCCUUUCCAUCUGCUCGGUGUGCGGACUUAGCUUUGAGGGGCUGAGCUUCGAUGGAGGACCACAUGACGGGGCACAAGGAGAAGCGUUAUGAGUGCGACGUGUGUGGCAAGGCCUGGCAGUACCCGAGCCAUCUGGACAACCACCGCCGGGUGCACACGGGAGAACGUCCCUUUGACUGCUCCGAAUGUGGCAAGACUUUUAUCCAAUUGUCGGGGCUGCAGGUGCACCAGCGGGUGCACACGGGAGAACGCCCCUUUGAAUGCUCCGACUGCAGCAAGAGAUUCAAGACGGCGCAGGAACUGAUGAUACACCAGCGGGUGCACACGGGGGAGAAGCCCUAUGGCUGCUCCAUCUGCGGCAAGAGGUUUACCGGUUGGUCGGGGCUGCAGGGGCACCAGCGCGUGCACACGGGCGAGAAGCCCUAUGGUUGCUCCACCUGCGGCAGGAGCUUUACCCAUUUGUCGGUGCUGCAGGGGCACCAGCGCAUGCACACGGGCGAGAAGCCCUAUAGUUGCCCCACCUGCGGCAAGAGCUUUACCAAUUUGUCGGGGCUGCAGAUGCACCAGUGGGUGCACACGGGAGAACGCCCCUUUGACUGCCCCGACUGCGGCAAGAGCUUUACCAAGUUGUUUGGGCUGCAGGUGCACCGGCGGGUGCACACGGGAGAACGCCCCUUUCAAUGCCCCGACUGCGGCAAGACCUUUACCCAAUCGUCGGGGCUGCAGAGGCACCAGAGCGUGCACACGGAAGAACGCCCCUUUGAAUGCUCCGACUGCGGCAAAAGCUUCAAAACGGCGCGGGAACUGAAUAUACACCAGCGAGUGCACACGGGCGAGAAGCCCUACGUUUGCUCCACCUGCGGCAAGAGCUUUGCCCAGUUGUCGGGGCUGCAGGUGCACCGGCGGGUGCACACGGGCGAGUAGCCCUACGUUUGCUCCAUCUGCGUCAAGAGCUUUGCCCAGUUGUCGGGGCUGUGGGAGCACCGGCGGGUGCACAGCGGUAAGCGGCCCUUCACCUGCUCCGAUUACGGCAAAGGCUUUAAGACGUGCACGCAACUGAAGGUGCACAGGCGCCUGCACACCAGGGAGCGGGCCUACAACUGCAGUGACUGCGGCAAGGGCUUCACCUGCUCCAGCAACCUGCUGAAGCACCAGCACACCCACACCAGCGAGCGCCCCUUCACCUGCACCCACUGCGGCAAAGGCUUCACCCAGUCCAGCAACCUGCUGUACCACCAGCAGGUGCACCCCGGCGAUUGUCCCUUCCCCAGCCCGGUGUGUGGAGAGCACUUUUCCAUGUCCAGCCAUGCCCUGUCUCACCAGCGGAUGCACACCAGUGGCCAGCCCUGCGACUGCCCGUACUGCGGUGAGUCGUUUGACACCUCGCGGAGGUUGCGGCAGCACCGGCGGGCCCAUGCCAGCAAGUGGCUGCUCCCACUGCGGUGAGCGUUUCAAGAACGCACAUGGGCUGCGGGAGCACCAGCGGAUACACACCAGAGAGACCCUUUGAGUGCACUGGGUGGCAAGGGUUUCACCCGCAUGUCCAGCCUGUGGCAGCACCGGCGGUGAGCGUCCCUUCCCCUGCCCGUCAAUAGACAAUAGGUGCAGAAGGCCAUUCAGCCCUUCGAGCCAGCGCUGCCAUUUAUUUUGAUCAUGGCUGAUUGUCCACAAUCAGUAUCCCUUUCCUGCCCUCUCACCAUAUCUCCUGACUGUGCUAUCUUUAAGCAUCCAGAGAAUUGGCCUCCACUGCCUUCUGAGGCGGAGAAUUCCACUCUGUGUGAAAAGGUAUUUCCUCAUCUCCGUUCUAAAUGGCUGGAACACAAAAUGCUGGAAGGAAGAUGUGGAUGGGGAGGUGUCCACUCUCCUGCUGCCUUCUGUAGUCCACGAUCAUCUCUUUAGUUUUGCUGACAUUGAGAGAGAGAGGGGUUAUUUUCCUAGCACCAGCUGUUUAGUGCCUUUACCUCCUCUCUAUAGGCCGUCUCAGUGUUGUCUGUGAUCAGGCCCAGGAUGGUCUGUAAUGGAGUGACCAGAACUGUAUGCAAUACUCCAAAUGCUACCUGACCAAUGUCCCUUAAAGCUGCACAUAUACAUUCCUCUCUUCUUAUCUCACACCAUUUUAUCUCCUUAUUUUCUCUUGCCCCAGUCAAUUCUGCUGAUCACCCCUCAUCUGUUAACAUUGUGUCAGUCUGAAGAAGGGUCCCAACCCUGAAAUGUCACCUGUCCAUGUUCUCCACAGAUGCUGCCUGACCCACUGAGUUACUCCAGCACUCUGUGAAAUGUCACCUGUCCAUGUUCUCCACAAAUGCUGCCUGACCCGCUGAGUAAAUUUAGCACUUCGUGUUAGAGUCAUACAGUGUGGCUCAAAGAUCCUAUAGCGAGCAAGAUAGUGCACUCCUGUUAAAACCAAUGGGCUGACGUGUAGUACGUGUAAUAUCAGCCUUUUCUUCAGCCAUUUGAGAAAACCCGACUCGACUUUGUAAAUCCCUCUCGCAGUGUAAUCAGCGUUGCAGGGGAACAGUUUGUGUGUGUGAUAUAGUGUUAGACCCAUUAUUCAUAAUUCUGUUCAUUCAUAAUUCUGCUACUUUUUGUUAAUGAUUAAUAUGUCAAUAAAUUAUAAUUCUGUAA